CCUUGAACAUUUUUUUCGACAAUUCACCGGUAAAUAAAACCAAAGUAAUCGUGGCUGACAUAAAAAAGCGACGGUGCACACCGUCACCAUCACCGAAACGUGUAACACCUCCACAAAUCGGAAAUAUAAUGGCACCAUCUGGACCAUUUUUAACGUGGUCGCCAAUACUGUUGCCGCCGUGGGGCUUGUAUCCGGGACUUUAUCCGGCUGCACUGCGAUCAGCAUUACCAGGAAUAUUGGACAGUAUGAAAAUGCCCGGCCAGCGAAGCGGUUUCCACAUAUGUGAUAUAUUGGAUUUGAAUAAUUCGGAUCCGAAAGUGGGCGAUGUGCAUCAGCCAACAACAAAUAGUCAAACAACACAGAGCCCGGUGUCGGCCCAUUUCAAUCGACACGGACUCAUUGGAUCCGGAUCAUAUCAAUUACCGCCGAGUAUAAAUAGUGCAAUGUUUUCGGAUCCGGCAAGCCAUUAUCAUACAAUGUUUCCGGCUGCGGCAAAAGCGUGGUUCCAAGAUAACGAAAAUUACGUUAACAGCCUACAACAAGCUAGUCCAGACAGUACAUCUCCCGUAACAUCGGAACUAUCGUACACGCCGAUCGGCAAUUGUCCCACCUCACCGAGCAUAGCUGAUUCAUGUAAACUACAAAAUGGCGAUGAAACAUCGCCAAAUUUCCAACAUUCUCAAAGUACCAACAAUAACAAUAGCAAUACUGAAGAAGACAUUAUGGACGACGAAGACGGCAUCGACGAACCGGACGACGAAACAAUCGGUGACGAUAUGAUCGGUCAACAGCAGUCCGGUGCCCCGCACAAGAAACGAAAACGACGUGUCCUAUUUUCCAAAGCCCAAACGUACGAACUGGAAAGACGAUUUCGCCAGCAACGAUACCUUUCCGCACCGGAACGCGAACAUCUGGCCAGUUUGAUUCGUCUGACGCCGACCCAGGUGAAAAUCUGGUUCCAGAACCAUCGCUACAAAACGAAGCGAGCCCAAACGGAGAAGGGUUCGUACGAUCAUCAGUCGCAUUCGAGCGGACCGAUACCGAGUCCGCGACGGGUUGCCGUGCCGGUGUUGGUGCGAGAUGGUAAACCGUGCAUGAACGGUGGCAAACAGGAUGGUAUGCCGUCGGCGAAUAAUGUUUCACAUAUGGUCCUACCGAAUCCAUAUCAGCAUCCAUCGUUAAUAUCGUCACAUCAUCACGGUCAGACGGGCGGGAGAUGUUGGUGGUAGGGACAGUGGUGGUAAAAUUGUGUGUAUUAAAGAGCAAUGAUGUAAAUAGAAAAAAGUCAUGAAAUUAAAUAAUUUAUCAAAUUAACUAAAAAUUCCAAAAAUAAAAUGGAGAAGAGGUGAAGAGGAAGAGGAUAAAUGUAGACACCCAUGAACAUAAACUAUAAUUAAUAUCGUGGAUAUAGAUUAAAGUUAGUUAAACACACAAAAAUAAAAACAAAUUUUAUCCUUUUCGGUUUCUGUACAUAUUAGAUGUAGAACGGGUAAGGACAUGAAAUUGUACUUAAAUCAUUCCAUAUUGAAUUUCGUUUCAAUCGCGUCUCAUACCAUUGGUGGAGCGCGUAGACAUUAAUUUUCUAUUUUCAUUUGAAUUAUAUUUUGUAAAUAAAUUGUUUCCUUUCUACCAGACACUA